UGGGUGUAUAAAUUUCCGUAACUAUUGAUGAGUAGAGAUUGUACACAGUUCUCGAUCUAGAUCUAGACCUUGAUCUAGAAUCUAGACUGUUGUCAAUAUAUUUCUUGUUUGUUUCUAAAUCUUGAUAGACAUAAGAUCUAGAUCAUGUACAUUAAUCUAUCAUCUAUUGAAUUAUUCUAGAUCUUAUUAUUUAGAAGUAAAAGCCUAGACUAGAGUCAAGAGAGAGAGAGUCCUAAGUCCGGGGCUUUAAACUUUAAGUCAAGUUUAGUAGAGAGAGGUAGGCUAGAUCUAGAUGUCUUAGAUGACUAGAAUCUAGAUUUAGAUGAUCAAGAAGUGACUGUGAAAAAUCUAGAAGAUAGAUUCAUCUAAACUUUCCAUCUAUUGUGAUUGUGGAUUACGAUCAUUAGAUCUUGAUCUUCAGACCUCAUAGAUUUUCUCGCUGAGGAUGGAUGCACUAUCAGGCUUUGAUCUGACCACCUUCUCAAUCAUGGGUUUUACCAUAAUGGAAAUAAUCAGUUUGGGCUCCCAGGCGGCCAUGGUACUGGGUGGCGUUGUGCCUUUUAUUCCACAAUAUAUAGACAUUUGGAAGUCCAGGAACGCUGAUGGAUUCUCUUUGUUUGUCUGCCUUGCAUUGCUGAUUGCAAACAUACUACGUAUUAUGUUUUGGUUCGGCAAACAUUAUGAGCUCCCUUUACUUGCUCAGAGCAUCAUCAUGAUCAUUACAAUGUUAGUCCUGGUCCAGUUGUGUGUAGAUGUCAAGAACCGUACAGAAAUAAUCUCCUCAAAGCAGCGCAAGUUCACAGGUAGUUUCAAUAGCUGGCCUGUAGACGCCCCAGUCCAUUCCUUGUUUGAUUUCGAAAGAGAGUAUUUCUGGAAGUGGACAGAUUUCCUCAGCUAUGUCGAGUUCAUUGCUCUUUUUUCCCUCGUCAUUGGUUUGUUGACCUACAUUUUCUUAAACAGUGUGAUAUACGUGGAGCUUCUGGGAUUCAUGGCGGUCUUCACCGAGGCCAUGCUUGGCGCUCCGCAGUUUUUAAGAAACUAUCAGAAGAAAUCCACAUUGGGCAUGAGCCGAAAGAUGGUUGGAUUUUGGACUUGUGGCGACUGUUUCAAAACUGUUUACUUUAUCCUGAGAGAAGCUCCAGCUCAGUUCUGGAUUUGUGGUAUGCUACAAGUCUCCAUAGACAUAUCCAUUUUUCUUCAGGUGUUUUUCUAUCGUCACAAUAACGUGCCUCCCAUCGACAGAACAGCCAAGUCUGCCAUCAGCUGACCACCUUGACCAAGCUAAAUGAGAGAGAAGUUUGUUGAUCUGUUCCUUAGACUCAAUUAUCUCUUGAUGAUAGAAAUGUUUUCUCCUUUGUGUGACCAAGACUGAGUUAAUUAUAUAUGUUUUAUAAACAUUUGGAUUUCUAUAAAAAUGGUGAUGAAAUGCUCUCUGUAUAGUUGAUGUAUUCAGUACAAGUGAAAUCCUUGCUAAUAUAAACACAAAUUUGUUUUAAAGCUUUCUUGUACAUGAGGAGGGUCAAAUCAUCCAUUUCAUUAUUUCAAAAUAUUCAUUAAGAUGUAACCCAAAAAAAAAAAUUUGAAUGUUUGUUAUAAAUUUGAAAGUAUGGAUGAUAGUAUUGGUAUAUCUACUUUUAAUGCUUUUUUUUUUAAAAAAUAAUUUUAUUACUGUAUUCUCUCAGAUAAAUAUGUAUUGAGUUCAUUUCUGUUUUUAUGCUAAUGCAAGCUAGAGGAAAAAAAUGAAUAUUCAUAAUUUUUUUUUUAUUUUGUUAACAUUCUAUUGAAUAUUUGAGUGAUAGAAGUUUAUAGGAAAGUGAUUAGUGAUAGGCAUUUGUUUUGGUAGCUGUACUAGUAACAGGCUUAGUACCUAAAGUAAAAUAAUGUAUUAGAAAUCUGAAUCCAAACAGUAUCUUCAGUAAGUAAGGGGAAGGGAUCAAAGUUCAAUUUUUAAAUUUUUUGUUGUUUUUUUUUUCCAUUUAUUUCUGUAUUUUAAUUGCAGUAUUUUCUAAGGCAUUACAAUAUAUUUGUGAUUAUUAUGUUAUUUUACUGGAACUCUGCAACAUUGACCAAGAAGUAGAAGAACUCACAUUUUAAAUCAUUAACAUAAAGUAGGGUUGGCACGCAGUAUAAUUUCAUUUGUUUUUUAAUUGCUUGUUUUAAUGCGGUUCUUUGAGUGCGUUCUGUUUUGAUUUGUUUUUUUGUUUUAUUUGUUUUGUUUUUUUGUUUUUUUUUGUCUUUUUUUUUUAUUGGAAUAUUAAGUUUUCUGUUUAAUGAGUUUUACCCCUUUAGUUUUUGUGAUACUUAUGGUACUUAUGGCAGACUAAUAAGAAGUUACUAGUAGUUGUUUUUUUUUAACUUUUGUAUAAAAAGAGCUCUUCCUGUCUCCUCCAGAACAAGAGGAAACUGAACUAAAUUGGUUUGAAACAGUUUUUUUAUGUGCUCAUGCAUUUUUUAACUUUUUUUUUUUUUUCCGUAUUAAAGGCCAGCAAUAAAUAUGGACUUUUAAUUAGUCUUUUUUUUCUUUCCUUAAGUAUAAGCCAUUGUCUCUGAUAAUGAAGAUUAAGGAUGUGUGCAGUAUUUCACGUGACCAUGCAGAGCCAUUCAUGAUCUUCAUAUUCUGUCACAUCUGAUACAGAUAAAACUGUUACCACAUGUGGUCUGUGUAUUAUGUCUUUUUGUAUUCUGCCUGUCUUCAGCAAGGGUUUUUCUUUUGGCCUCAAAUGUGUGUCCUGCGGCCUUUGUAAUAUCUCUGCAGCUGUCACUUUCAGACGCAAAUAGAUGCCAGCUACUAAUCUCGUAUUUGGAUGCCACGUGCCAAAGGCAAUAUUUUUUUGGGCAAGCUUGGAGGAAGAUGGCAUCUCCCCUCCCGAAGCAUCAUAAAGAUCAACUCAUAUGUUAUUUUGCCCUGACUGGCAUUGAAAGUAUAUAAUUUUGAUUUCUAAAUUUCUUGUUCUAAGGUUUAUUUCAAACCUAAAAUAAGUUAGACUGCUUAAUAAUAUCUGCACAUUCCUCGUUUAUACUUUAAUUCUAUAAUCAUAAAAUGUUUUUUUUAUAUAAAAGGUAUGAAAGGAAAUUAAUCUAUAUAGGUUAGUGGGUCGUUACAUGAUGUUUAAAUUUAUGUAUUGUUUUGUCUUAUUUUUUGUAUUAGAAUUUUUUUAUAUUUAAAAAUUGAAGCUGCUGUAUUUUAUUUUUUCAUUUGAUCAAAGUUUUCACACAUUCCAUAUUUGAUUGAUCAGUUACGUACUUGAUAUAUUUGUUAUUAAAUAGCAUCUCCCACCUUUGAAUGGUCAUCUCAAUGAAUGUUUACUGUGUUACAAUUUAGAUUUUUAAAAAUAUUUUCUUUCUAUUUAUAUUCAAUGUUAUAUUUUCCUUGAACACAAGACUCCAUGACAAGAAAGCAACACACAAAAAAUUAAUCUUUAAAAAAUUUACACCCAAUAUUUAUUACGAAGGUAAAAAAUAUUUUUCAUUUGGAAUCUUUUGUACUUCUGGCGAACGUCUAAGUGCUGGUACAGUCUGUCUAAAAGUGUACUUGUUACUUCAGACAUGGUGGAAUACAGUGUUAUUCUUUUAAUACAGGCUAAAUAUAUACUCUCUUGAGGCCAUUCGGUGUAGAAGAGUUAAUAGAAAUAACAUGAUUAGUUGACACCAACUGGCUGCUAUUUCAGACAUAAGAACAAUAUGCAUAAAAUUUUUUAUGUGGGUUUUUUAAAUAUUGUUGUCACUUUUGCCUCUCAUGUUUAAUUUUAUAUAGCAUAGGAUUUAACUACGAUACAUACAUUUAUAAAAUGUAUAUUUCUUGUUUCUGUUCUGUAUAAUUUUUUGGUACAAGUGGUUAUGAAUAAUAAUACAUAAUAAUGUGAUGAAAAGGCUUCUUUUUAUUCAGGAGUGACGUCAAGAUACUAUGAGUCCUGCUCAGAUAUUCUCAGCAGUUGAGAGUCAAGCGGCAUGGGAUUUUUUCAAAAGCCACGACCCUCUCCUUGCAUUGUUAAGUCAGCCACGACACUCUCCUUGCAUUGUUAAGUCCAUGUACACCUAUGCAUUGCUGUUUCCUUUUCAUACUUGCUGAUCAGCUGCCUUUUUAUUUUUUUUAAAUCUCUUUUAUAAUUGUCUAUUUAGGAAAAAAAAUGUGUAUAUUUUGUAUCCCUUCAUGUUUGAUAGGACAUUUUUUUUUAAGAUCUGGCUCGUUGUAGAGGGCUACUAUUAUCAAGAGCCCAGAUUUAAACAUUUUUGAAGCGUUUCGGUCCCCAAGUUCUUAGUGACGAUGCAUGAAAGUGCUUUCUACACCAUGUACAAUGGAUGAUGUCCACCAGCCCAUGCUCUUACACUGGCACCAAUGUUUAUUUAUCAGCUGAAUUUGUGGUUGAAUCAUGUUACUCAAUUUUUUUUAUAAAUAAAUAUUGAAUGGUUUAAGAUUUUGUGUGAGGUUUGCUUGUGUUUCAUAUCUCAAUAUUCGUAUCAUUAAAUUUUGUUUUCUUUA